AUGCUAUUAUCGGGCAUGGCUCGGGCGCGCCUGCGCGUCACCACGAGAUCAAGCCCAUGGACGCGAGCUCAGAAUACAUAUUCUACCAAAGGCGCUAGCUUUCGCUCCAAUUCUGGCUCAUCACACAAUUUGACGAGACUCAUUGCCACAGCCAGCGUGGUCAGUACUUCAGGCCUUUGGUGGCUGGUGAAUACCCGUGACGAUGCCGUCCGCGACGACGCACCACAUCUUGAAACACCCCCAGCUAAGCACUGGACUGUUGAGCCCGGUCCUUCGAGAGACCAAGUGACACGGAUCAUAUCUCAAGGAGCAUAUUCCUUUCUAGUGCGAAAUGUUGACGGCGUCAGCAGAUAUGAUGGUGCUCAGUUGGCCUCGAAUUGCCCGUGCGAGGACCAGUUUACCCAUGGCAAAUUUCCUUCACCGGGGAAACAAGGCAAGAACUGGAUGGCUUGGGGUGUUUAUGAUGGUCAUUCAGGUGCGCAAACGGCCGAAUUGUUGAAGGAACAACUCCUGCCUUUUGUUCGACGUAGCUUGAGUCAAGUCAAGUCUUCCUCAGCCGGAGAGGCCCUCUCUGAUGAGUUUGUUCAGAGUGCUAUCGUGAAGGGAUUCUUGGAUCUUGAUGACUCUAUUAUCAAGACAGCUCUGGAGACAGUCCAGAGCCGAUAUCCAUUACCGGAGAAAGUCAAGAAAUUAGCACCCGCUUAUGCCGGCUCAUGCGCUUUGCUGUCCAUGUACGAUUCCACCACAAGUACGUUACACGUGGCAUGUACUGGCGAUUCGAGAGCAGUUCUAGGACGAAAAGGUCCAGACGGUCGAUGGGAAGCAAAAGCAUUGUCAGUAGACCAGACUGGCAACAACGAGGAAGAAAUCGCUCGGCUGCACGAGGAGCAUCCUGGCGAAGAAGACAUGAUCAAAAACGGACGGGUUCUAGGAUUAAUGGUCUCACGAGCCUUUGGCGACUGUCGAUGGAAGUGGUCUUUGGAAUUCCAACGAGAAGUGCAAAAAAGGUUCUACGGUCCAUCACCUUUGACGCCGAGAUACCCGGUUCAAACACCGCCAUAUCUGACGGCGGAACCGGUUGUGAGGAGCACCAUGAUCGACACUGCUAGCCCUUCGUUCCUGAUCAUGGCAACAGAUGGCUUGUGGGAUAUGAUAUCCAACCAGCAAGCUGUUGAUCUCGUGGGGAAAUGGUUGGAACGAGGCGGAGAUGAGCAGGGGAAUGCCAACCCGGAACCCACAUAUGAACCAUUCGACUUUGGGCACUUUGACAAACCAGGGAGUGAGAGAUUCGUGGACGGGUGGACCACUGUCCAAGAUGACAAUGUUGCUGUGCAUUUGGUGCGGAAUUCGCUUGGUGGCAAUCAUCAUGAAUUGGUCGCAGGGCGACUUGCCUUUGGUCCAUCAUCCUCGCGGCAUGCUCGAGACGAUAUCACGGUGCAAGUGGUCUUCUUCAAUGUUCCAGAGUCUGAAAGCAACAAUCAGAAGUCAACACCAUAG